AUGAGUUCAAGUACAAAUUAUAGUGGAACAUUCACUAAAGAACGUUUUUGUGGUGGUGAUGGAUUUAUAGUUGAAGGUAUUUUACAAAAACAUAAUAUUCAUACAGUAUUUUUACAAGCAAAACAACCACUACAAGAUACAGUAUUACCAACUAGAUAUGUUGCAAUCACAAUUGAAUUUGAUAAUGCAGUAAAACGUAAUUGGAAAGAUGGUGUUGAAAUUCCACCAAAAAUGACAAGAGCAACUGCUAUCACAAAAGGUUACUUAAAUAAAUUUGAUAGAGUUCAAGCUACUCUUGUUGAUAAAAUUAAUGCUGAUCAACUAUCAGUUGCAAUUUCAGAUGGAAAUAAAAAUUCUUCUUUACCUUCAAAUUUUCAUGAUGAUGCAAUUAAAAAUUUACAUCCAAAUAAAAAGAAUUAUUUUGAAUUUUGGGCAGAUGUUGAUAAAUUUAGUCAUAAAAUUUUUAAAUCUGGUGAUGAAGUUAGAAUUAAAACUAUUGGUGAUUCAAUAUUUGUAGAUAGUGUUGUAAAGAUGGACAGUAAUAAUAUUGCAAACUUUUCUGGUGAUUCAAAUCUUGGUGACUCUUUUGCAAGUAAUAUAAUGAAAAGAUAUGAUCAAAUAGAAUCAAAUAACCAACAACAACAAGAAGAAGAAGAUGAUGAUGAAUGGAAAUAA